AUGGAGCUUUUCGUAAGGACAAGUAAUUCAACAAUUUCAAAUCUCCAUCUUAAUGCAAUCAAUGAAGGAAGUGGCAUUGACUACAUUUUCCUGGUGGAUACUGAGCUAUCAAAUAUACAGUUAAUAUACAAUACGGCCACAAGAAAAGCAGAGUCGCUUGCUACCAACAGGCAGCUGAUGCUUCUGGACAAAUUUGUGGCACUGUCUCAGGGUGUCUCACUCACUAAUUGGGAUUUGUCAGAGAUAAUUAGACUUCAUGACACUGCCAAGGGCAUCACUUAUAUCCAAGGUCGACUUGUUCCGAACAAGUAUGAAGAUGGCAACUUCUAUGCGUGUACAUACGCAAACGACCCUAACGGAUAUUCCGAUAUUCUCCCCGAGCUAAUCUAUUACUCCGGUACCCCAGAAGACAAUUGUCUGAAAGUCUACGUCUACGCAAACUUGAUUGAAAAGGGCAAAUAA